AAAAAAAAAAAAAAGGACGCGGAGUGUGACGUCAAUUUUCUGCGUCAAGCGAGGUAUUUUUUCGGUUGAAUGAGACGUUAGGAGCGUGUACUUUUAGAGAUGCCUCUUCCACCAGCUCUCCUGGCUCGUCUGGCCAAGAGAGGAAUCGUCAAACACUCAGACCAUGAAGCUGAAGAGGAAAUCAUUGCUGAGGACUAUGAUGACAACAAUGUAGACUAUGAAGCAACAAGGCUUGAAAAUCUUCCCACCAACUGGUAUAAAGUGUUUGACCCGAACUGUGGACUUCCGUACUACUGGAACGUGGAGACGGACUUGGUGUCCUGGCUGUCCCCCAAUGACCCCGCUGCCAUCAUCACUAAAGCAGUGAAGAAGCAGAGAGUGGAGAUUGCAGACGACAGAGGGGAUGGUCAUCACGAGAAGUCGGACAGAGAGCGCGAUCGUGAUAAAGAGCGGGAGCGAGACCGGGACAGAGAUCGAGACAGAGACCGAGAUCGGGACCGUGAUAGAGAUGAUGGGAGAGAGCGAGACAGAGAGCGAGACAGGGAUAGGGACAGAGACAGGGAGCGAGAACGAGACAGAGACCGGGACAGACGAAUGAGAAGAGAGGAGAGCAGCCCAUACAGCAAAUCAAAGAGAGGUGGAAGCCGGAAGCAGGACGAGUUGGAUCCUAUGGAUCCCAGUGCCUACUCGGAUGCACCUAGGGGUUUGUGGUCCACCGGGCUGCCCAAGCGUAACGAGGCUAAGACGGGAGCAGACACGACGGCGGCAGGACCCCUGUUCCAGCAGAGGCCGUACCCCAGUCCUGGAGCUGUGCUUAGAGCCAACGCUGAACACACCAGACGUCUAGAAGAGGAGGAGGAGGAGGAUGACGACUAAGCAGGAGGAAAGCAUCUAUAGAGCCUUUAUAACAACCUGGAGAAGAAUAAAUAUGGAAAGCCUUUAAAGCAGUACAUGCAUCCAAGCUCCCUAUGCUGAAAAUGAGUCACGUAUGUCAUUUCUUUCCCUAACAGCUGUCAGGAAUGGAUACUAUCAGUGUCAUGAUGUUGAAAUUUGCCAAAUACUGUGACUUCCUUUGACAAAUUUUACACACCAUCUCCAUCAGUGCUUCUCUUCACGUGUUCUGGACACACCUCAGAGUCUAACAACCAUCAGGAAUUUAUUCUGUAAAGGCUCUAUGGGUUUUCAUCCUGCCUCUAGAUCCAGAUGCCACGCUUUUAAUGGCAACUCUUCACAUGUCAGUUCAGUGUGUUUGUAAAUCUAACUAUGUAUUAUACAUUUUGUAGUAAGGCAGUAACUGCAUUGCCUCUUUUAACUGUUGAACCACCUACAACAUAUUGAUGUUAAAUGGAAAUGUUCGAUUUCCUGGCUUGAUAAAUCAUUUAGAUUUUUUUUUUAAAUAAAAAAUAAUGAUGGGGUUUA